UUUUGAUGGAGAAAUAAAUACUGCAUUCUGGUGUCUCCUUUUGUAACGUUUCUGGAUAAAUGGCCCAACGGCAGAGUUUUGCAGGUCUUGGCAUAGCUCAACAAAGUAACUGCUACUGCCCCUGGGAAAGAGUGAAGCUGGAGUUCCAGCCCAGCCAGGGAUUUCAUUUUGGUAGUACUUCUGGAAUUCACAUCUUUCUUCUUUAUUGUGAGACUACAGUUCUUGCUGGAAAUCAGGAUGAAGACCCAGUAGAAGAUCCAAAUCUUCAUUUGAACAUUGAGGAAUUAAACCAAGAGUUCAUGGCAAAAAGUGAAGAACUCUACGACUCCCUCAUGAACUGCCACUGGCAGCCUCUGGAUACGGUUUACUCUAAAAUCCCAGAUGAGACCCCAAAGUGAGGCAAGGUGUUCCUUAAGCUCCCCAACUUUCAU